AAUAAACCAAACUACGUCAGAACUUGUCUUUAACCGCACAAACAAUUGAGGUAUAAAUUAAUCGCUUGCUUAUCGUUACAGCAGUUGCCGAUCAUUUAUAUUAGCGAAUCUUCCCUGGAAUCAUAAAAUACUUUACAAUGAACGCUGUAUUAAAGACAUCAAUUAUUUUACUACUGGUGACUUGGGUGCAGUGUUGUUCACAUGGAAAUUCAAAUAAAAAAGACAUCAUAGGGCAUGCAGAUGAUCUUGCCUUAUCUAGCACCAGUGUGAGGCUCAUGAAAAAAGUUGAGUGGCCUCUUGAUGGAACCUACGUGGACGCAAAAGAAUAUUACGGAUCUAUUAUUCAUCCGAGAGCUGUUCUUGCAUUGCCUCAUGUGGAAUUGUAUUUGGAACCAAAUGAAUAUACAGCUGUAGGAGGUUGUCCACAAGUUUUGAAUAUCAACAAUAAUUUCAAUUUGAAAGAAUGCCAACAGAAGUCAAUUACAAAUUCAACUUUGAUCAAAUCUGAGAAUUCACCGGCAACAUUGAUCUUGAUUCUUGCAGAACAAUUCACAAUGAAUAAUAAAGUCAAUUUUAUUCAUUUGGCCCAAAGUGAAAAGGAAAUAAACAUCGAAAAUUGUUACGCUUUUGCCACGACUUACGUAUUCAAUGAAGAUGAUGCUGUUGUCAGCAAUAACAUUUUAUUGACGGCAGUUUACAGGGUAAGACACACUAGUGAGACAACUAUGCUGCAUAAAGAUGAAGAUGGUGAUUUCGUUCAUGUCGAUGGGGGAGAUUCAGGAUUCAACAGCUCAAAAUUGAGGCUAAGGAACAUCAGAUCAUCUCCGAUAGUAUGUGAACGUAAUGAUGCAGCCAACGACAAAGAACUUAGUUCUUAUUUACAGAUUGGAUUUCUAAACAUCGAUAUGUCUAUCAUUGAAUUAGUAGAGGAAAAAUUAGAUCUUGAAAUAGAAGAGUCAGCUAAACAUAUAUAUUCUGAUGUAUCAAAGAUUAACAACGCUGUUAGUCAACUCGAAUAAAAUCUACAUUGCAUGAAAAAAUAUGAAAAAAGGGGUGUAAUUAGUCAACACGGUGUCUACUUUUUGGUUUUUUUGGUAUUAUAUUUAACUAUGGUAGCGGAUUUAAUACAACACAGAUGAUUUUUAUCAAUAAAUGAAGUUAACUUCAUAAAUUUAGAUAUCAUAAAACCAAAUUAAUUUGAAAAUUCAAUAUUCUUUCGGCGUUUAAAAAAUACAAUUUACUAAUUAUAAUAUGGUUCCAUCGAAUAAUAACCACCAGUACACCAGAGUGAGUCUAUAUCAACACUGUUUUUUUAACAACGUAGCAGGCGAACCUAUCAAAUUAUCUGUUGAUGUUAUACUUUUUCAAUAUUCUUACGUUACUAUAUACAUGUAGAUGUUGAAUAUAUUCUAAAAAUAAACAAGCAUACGUCUGUCUAUGUAAAAGUUA